UGGAAGCUGUGAGGCUCAUCUGGAACCCGAGGAGUACACAGGGACCCCCAUGAAGCUCUCAGCUUUCCUGAGCCUGCUGGCCCUGGUGCUGCAGGAAGCGGGGACGACUUCUCUCCCAGGGAAGGAGAGGAAGAGGAGAGAGGACCAGAAGCACGAGGACCACAGUUCUCACACAGCUCUGCGUCUAGAGAACUACGUCCUGAGCCUGGACAGCUACGAUGAGGUCAUUGACCUGAGCCACCAUGAGCCCACAGACCACGGGGACCAGCUCCCCGAGGUUAAAGGGACCAGCCUGCCUCCUCCAACCAGCAUCAGUUCCACUCAGAGCCUUUUCGCUCCAAGAACACCCUCUUCGAACCUGACAAUGACCAGACCUACUCCACUGACCAGGCCCACUACACUGGGCCUGCUGGGGUCCCCGACCAGCCACGGCCUGCCUACCUGUCUGGUUUGUGUGUGCCUUGGUUCCUCCGUGUACUGUGACGAUGCUGACCUGCAAAACAUCCCCCCUCUUCCCAAGACAACCGCCUACCUGUACGCCCGCUUCAACCGCAUCAGCCACAUCCGGGCCGGAGACUUCAAAGGGCUGACAAAACUGAAGAGGAUUGACCUCUCUAGCAAUUUCAUCUCCUCCAUCGAUGAUGAUGCCCUCCGCCUGCUGCCUGAUCUAAAGGAUCUGAUCCUCCCAGAGAACCAGCUGGCAGCUCUGCCUGUGCUGCCCACUGGGAUCGAGGUCCUGGACGUCCGCCUGAAUCGGCUCCGGAGCUCAGGGAUACAGCCUGAAGCCUUCAAGGCGCUGGAGAGGCUGCGGUUCCUCUACCUGGCCGACAACCUGCUGGAGUCCAUCCCCGGACCCCUGCCCCUGAGCCUGCGCUCGCUGCACCUGCAGAAUAACAGGAUACAGACCAUGCAAAGAGACGCCUUCUGCGACCCAGAGGAGCAUAAAUACACCCGAAGGCGGCUGGAAGACAUCCGCCUGGACGGCAAUCCCAUCAACCUGGGCCUCUUCCCCAGCGCCUACUUCUGCCUGCCUCGGCUCCCCACAGGCCGCUUUGCCUAG